CUUGGCGUGACUUUGUAGAUUGUAAGUGGUAAAAUCUUUUAAAUUUUGCAACCUGUUUGUAAAUUUCUUGGUCCAGGGGGAGCAGUUGACAUUUGUGAAGUUGCUUUAGGAAAUCAUGUCUACCGAAAUUAACGACAGACGCGAGAAAAGGUUCUUCCUCUCUUUUCAUCUCCACGGCGCAGACGGGCAGAUCCAAAGAGACAUUUACCUUCAUCUCCGUCAAGCAGCAGAUAUUCUACUGCAUUUCCUGGAAAGGAUCUUACACUUCCUUGGGCAACUGUAUUGGAGAGGUGAACCAUGGCAUACGCAUCUCAUAUUAUCAAUCACUCGAAGAAGCUACAAACUGUUUCCCACUUGCUUCGCCGUGAACAUGCAGUAUUGAUUCGCUGGUUCUCCAAUGAUGCCAAUUCAACUUUUGCUAAAAGAGAAGAUAUUAUGAAGAUACCUUGCAAUGAUUAUGUACCUGCAGAGAGGGUUUCCAGAUCUACCACUAACGGUACUACUUCAUCAUCAUGUAUGUUGAAGAAGAGUCUACCAACAAUGACAAAACUGAGAAAUCCAGUGGCUGGAUCGUCAUUCACCAGAGAGCUUUCAAGUUCACUAUUAUCAAGGAGAGAAUUUUCAUCUGGUUCAGAUCUUCCUCCACACCAAGAGAUUGGAAUGCCUUCCCUCUCACCAACAAUGACAGAGGGUAAUAUAGCAAGGUGGUUGAAGAAAGAAGGUGAUAAAGUUUCUCCCGGUGAAGUACUCUGUGAAGUUGAAACUGAUAAAGCUACUGUUGAGAUGGAAUGCAUGGAAGAAGGUUAUCUUGCCAGAAUAAUUAAGGGGGAUGGAUCCAAAGAGAUCAAAGUUGGUGAGGUAAUUGCUAUUACAGUUGAAGAAGAGGAGGACAUUGCAAAGUUUAAAGAUUACAGUCCUGCAUCUAAUGCUGGUUCUGCCGCAGAAAAAGGGCCAUCAACUCCCACUCCAGCCAAGCAGGAGGUAGUGGAGGAACCAGUCAGUGCAUCAGAGCCAAAGGUUUCCAAGCCCAGCACAGCUCCUGCUGAAGAUCGUAUUUUUGCUAGUCCUCUUGCCAGAAAGAUAGCUGAAGAGCAAAAUAUACUUCUUUCAAGCAUCAAAGGAACAGGUCCUGAUGGACGCAUUGUUAAAGCUGAUGUUGAAGAUUACUUAGCUUCCAGCAAGAAAGGCGUUUCAGCGACAACUCCCAAAGCUAAAGAUAUGAAAGCUCCGGUUUUGGAUUACAUAGACACCCCGCCUUCUCAAAUAAGAAAGGUUAUAGCUUCCCGUUUAUCACUCUCGAAGCAAACUAUCCCCCAUUAUUAUCUUACAGUAGAUAUAUGUGUUGACAAGCUUAUGCAUCUAAGGAGCCAACUGAACUCAAUACAAGAAGCUUCUGGUGGCAAGCGCGUGUCAGUAAAUGAUCUUGUAAUUAAGGCUGCAGCUUUGGCUCUUCGAAAAGUUCCUCAAUGUAAUAGGUCAUGGACAGAUGACUAUAUCCGCCAGUAUAAAAAUGUGAAUAUCAAUGUAGCAGUGCAGACAGAUUAUGGACUCUUUGUCCCCGUUGUCAAGGAUGCAGACAAGAAGGGUUUGUCCAAAAUUGCAGAAGAGGUCAGGUACUUGGCCCAAAAAGCAAAGGAGAACAGCUUAAAACCAGAAGAUUUUGAGGGUGGCACGUUUACAGUGUCCAACUUGGGAGGUCCUUUUGGUAUCAAACAAUUUUGUGCUGUCAUUAAUCCUCCUCAGGCAGCAAUUCUUGCAGUUGGAACUUCUGAGAAGAGGGUUGUCCCUGGCACUGGUUCUGAACAGUUCAAAUUUGCUUCCUUCAUGUCUGUAACACUAAGCUGUGAUCAUCGUGUAAUAGAUGGUGCAGUUGGUGCGGAAUGGCUGAAAGCAUUUAAAGGUUACAUAGAAAAUCCAGAGUCCAUGUUGCUCUAAACUAGUUGGUUUGCUUUCCCAUUCCUUUCUUCAGAUAUUUUUCCUUUUUGUCCUCUAUUUCCAUGAAGAAUGUUGAACUCAUCCUGAACUGCCUGCCGUUUACCAUUCACUUUACUGUUUUUUUCCACCCUGUAAUAAUUAAUUUUCUCCGCAUCUUCUGACCAAAUAGAAGUUCAAAGUUUUGGAAUAAAAGAACAGGGGUCGAGGCAGUAAAUUACAUACUGGGAUUUCGCUCAUGCAGAGUGUAAUGACCCCCGUGAUGUCGAAAUAUUUAGCUAUCAAUAACAACGUAGAAUAAUAUUCUACAAAUUUCUUGAUCAUGAUAUGUUUCUUGUUUAGACAAAGAUGAAAUGAAGAUCAAACUUCAGAUA